UUAUUGUCAAGAAAAAUUUUAAGAAAAUCGAAAUUAUUUUUCGAGAAAAACCCCGGUUUUCUGUAAGAUGUUUCAUUGUUUGUUGUAAUCCAUAAACGCGCGUUGAAAAUGAAGUUCGUUAUAAACGAGAAUGUAAAAAAUUUUUACCCUACCCCCGACGAAUGUAGGGUAAACAACAAAGUGAUGUGCACCGAGGAAGGCUGCAACAGCGUCUUCAGAUCCGAAUCGAAUCUCAACCUGCACGUGGUGAAGACGCACCAAAGAUUGAACCUCAGCCCGGACGCCUUCCAGAAGCGAUACUAUUGCCCCGAACCGAGCUGCGCCUACAACAAAAAAAAGUUCUUCAAAGAACUGAAGAUCCUGCGCAACCAUUACAUGCUGCAGCACAUGACGAAAGAGCUGAAAUGCGACACCUGCGACAAAAUGUUCUGUUCAAAGACCCUCUCCCGCCAUUCGGACUACUGUGGGGUGGAAUUCGCUUGCCCCGUUUGCAAAGCAGCUUACCCGAUGUACGAAACCCUGCAGUCUCACGCUAGGAGAAAAAAACACACCAUACCAAACAAAAUCGACUUUAAAUUAAACAGAAACAAAACGGCUCCGAUCAUAGAAGUAUCCAAAAACAAACCCAUCCUACCAAAGACUUCUCUAAGCACCACUACGUUUAGCCAGGAAAGCCAAACCUACAACAAUAAUGAACUGAAAUACAAGAGUAAAAUGACCCAAGUUCGUCAGUCGCAGCUAAAACAAUCCAAUAAAUACACUCAAAUAGGCUCAAUUUCCGGAGACAACUACCUAACAGUCGAAACUCAAACUAUUGGAGACUAUUACACUACUAAAAAACCAUCUAAUACAUCCCUCAAGACAUCCGGUACAGCAACCGAAGCCGUAGAAGCGAAAACUUCCUCAUGCAACACGUCUUUCACAGCGGAAGAUUUCCUAAUGAACGAAACUGAAACCAACAACACCAGCACCCAAACGGGGGAUUACCCGAGCACGAACAGUUACUCAUCGUCCACCAACACCCACAACUCCAUUUACACCGAUACAUCUGAUCUACUCGACGAAACUCUGAACCUGAACAUUGGCGGGUUCGAGUGCGACAAUUGCCACAUGGAGACCCAAACGGACUUCAUCUUCGACGAUAUGCUGUUUGAGUGCGACUUCAUGAGCAGCAUGCACACCCAGACGAGCGAUCAGAUCCUCGACGAUUUGGUUUUCAGCCACAUUCAAACGCAAACGGCCUUCAACGAUAUGCUCAAAUCCGUCGAGAGCCAGACGGUGAUGUCCAGAAGAAGGCCGGAUGUGGGCGAUCGGGACAUGAUGCACACGGAGACCCAGACUGAUAUGGAAUUUAGAGAAAUGCUGGAAGUCAUCAAUUCAUGACUAUAACUUACUGGCUGAUGUUUGAGAGAUUCGAAACGGCGUAAUUGUAUGGCUGUUACUCGAUAGAAAUGUUUAUUCAGGAUUUAAACAUUUAAACAAAUCGCUGUUGCUAAAAUUUUUACGUAAAA